UCAAGCCUUGGUGAUAGUACGAACCGACUAGUGGAGUGGGAGGCGUCUCUCUCUCUCUCCACCGCCACCGCCGCCACCUCCACCAACCGGCCGCUCCCUCCUCUCCGCGAUGGCGGGAUACCGCGGCGGCGGGGGCUCCGCCUCGGGCGGGGGAGGAGGUGGGGGCGGGGCGGCGGCGUUCGCGACGCGGGUGCUGCUGCUCCUCACGCUGCUGCCGAUGGCGCUGGCCGCGUUCGCCUUCGCGCUGCAGUGGAGAGGGGGGAUGCGUGACCCGGCCGGCGCCGCGUGGCCCGCGGAGACGCAGAGGUUCCCCGGGAUGGAGAACAGCCCGCUCGGGUCCUCCUCGGGGGGCGGCGGCGGCGGCGGGUCCUACUUCGCCGUCACAUCCUCGUCGGCCUCCUCCGCGGCGGCUGAUUGCGCGGAGAUCCUCGGCCGGAGCGCGUCCUCCUCCCACGGCAUCUCGCUCUACCGCGGGUGGGGCUUCGACUCCGACGCUGGAUUAACCCCUAAGAUCUGUAUCACAGGAAGCACAUCCGCAGGCCUACACCAAAUUCUUCCAUGGUUGUACUACCACAAGGUCAUUGGUGUUUCACACUUCUUCCUUUUUGUUGAAGGAGAGGCUGCAAAACCAGCUGUCACAUCAGUUCUUGAAUCCAUUCGGGGUGUAAAAGUCAUUUACAGAACUAAAGAGCUGAAAGAGAAACAGGACAGAAGUCGCAUUUGGAAUGAGACUUGGCUGGCAGGUUUCUUUUACAAACCGUGCAAUUAUGAACUAUUUGUCAAGCAAUCGCUGAACAUGGAAAUGGCUAUCAUUAUGGCAAGGGAUGCUGGAAUGGACUGGAUCAUCCAUCUUGAUACCGAUGAGUUAAUUCAUCCAGCUGGUGCCCGGGAGUACUCUCUGAGGCGUUUGCUUUUAGAUGUUCCUGACAAUGUUGACAUGGUCAUCUUCCCCAACUAUGAGAGCAGCAUUGAGCGGGAUGACAUCAAAGAUCCUUUCACAGAGGUGUCCAUGUUUAAGAAAAACUAUGAUCAUCUUCCAAAGGAUACAUAUUUUGGCCUAUACAAAGAAGCAACACGCGGUAAUCCAAACUAUUUCCUCACUUAUGGUAAUGGGAAAUCAGCAGCCAGGGUUCAGGAACAUCUGCGUCCGAAUGGUGCUCAUAGAUGGCAUAAUUACAUGAAAACCCCCAAUGAAAUCAAGUUGGAGGAAGCUGCUAUUCUGCAUUACACUUACACAAAGUUCUCAGACUUAACUUCAAGGAGGGAUAGGUGUGGCUGCAAGCCAACAAAGGAAGAUGUCAAGAGAUGUUUUAUCUUGGAAUUUGACAGACUGGCCUUUAUAAUUGCAUCAACAGCUACUGACGAGGAAAUGAGGAACUGGUUCCGGGAACAUGUUGUAUGGAACGACAAGGAUACCAACUUGAAGCUUCUGAGGAAGGGUGUCUUGACACGCAUAUAUGCCCCAAUGGCUAUUAUUCGUGGACUGAAGGAAUCUGGCGUGUUCACCACCGCGGUAACGUCAGCGAAAGCACAAUCAAAAGUGAAGUCAUCAAACACAGGUCUCCAAAACAAGGAGUCUAUUCAUCCAAAUACAACCCAAGGCAGUGGUGAUCAUUUGCAAGCCACCGUAAGAAAGAUCCUGGAAAUGGUUGGUGCCCAGGAAGAAGCGGUGCCACCAAUGUCGCCUCCCAGCUUGCUCCAUCCCGUGGAAAUUGCUUUAUCCUGAAGUUGAGUGAGAUUCCGGAGUAGCACUGGACGUCUGGACUGCUAUUGCCUGCCAAUGGCAGCUAUUUCGGUGCUCUAAGACCGCUAACCUUACAAAGAUGAGAUUACUGUAGAUGCAUAUUGCUGCUUUAUUUCUGUGCAUAGAUAGAUAAACACCGGGGCUGUUGGAGCAUGGACGUUGUAUUAUAAUCUUGCAACUCUGAUGUAAAAUGACAUAUUAUACCUAGACUGGCAUUGUCAAGUGCAAUUAUCA